GAGUAGCUCCCGAAUGCUCAUGUUAGAUGCGGAAACGGAAGUUGUGCCACCGAGACAAACAGGAGCAACAGCACGGCGCGUGUGUCGCGGGCAGCCGGGUUCGGAACGAGACGAGCAAGCAGGUCGUGUUCUUCACACUGCGCGCAGGGACGCUUCUGCAAGUCCAUGUCACGCAUCCCAGUGCCCUCGCUCUCUCCUUCCAACCAUCGCAGCGCAGGCGCUCAGCAACGCGCAAUUUCUCCUGUUCCUUUCCCCGAACGUGCCACCUCGCCUCUCCCCGGAGGUCUUCAUCGUCACCAGUCGUCCAUGUCGUCCGUCUCGAGUUCCAUGGCGGAGACGCGUAAGAAGCAGUCCAAGCGGGAUGAGGCUAUCCGCAAGAAGAUAGAAUCUGAGCUCUCCCGUAAACGGACUAUCUCCACAACACAGCUCGCGCCUGGAAGCCGCAGACGCGGUCACAAGCCGAAUGUGCAAAAGGGCACAGUCGCUGCUCUCAAGCCUAGCCCUGCUCUGACAGUACCAGAGAGCAUCACGGUCUCGGAGGCGAGUCAGCUCUGUGCGGCAAAGAGGACAGACUGUGUGCUUGUGGUCGAUGAUGAUGAGGGUCUCAGUGGCAUUUUCACUGCCAAAGACCUGGCAUACAGGGUCACUGCGGAGGGUCUGGACCCGCACACUACACAUGUUAGUGCAAUCAUGACACGCAACCCGAUGGUGACGCGGGAUACGACGAGUGCCACGGAGGCGCUGCAGCUAAUGGUCCAGAGACACUUCAGGCAUCUGCCCGUGUGUAAUGAAGAUGGAAACGUCGUCGGUCUGCUCGACAUCACCAGGGUUUUCCAUGAAGCCCUUGACAAGGUCGAGCGGAGCUCUUCUGCGUCAGAGAAGCUGUAUUCCGCUCUUGCGGGUGUGCAGUCCGAGCUGGGCGGGAACAUGGGGACGAACCCGCAGGCCGCGGCAAUGCUCUCCUACGUCGAGGCUCUCCGUGAGAAGACUGCGCUGCCGGACCUUACCACGGUUAUGGACUCGCGCACGCAACCCGCUACUGUCGGGCCCAAGGCUACCGUGCGUGAGGUGUCUAAGCUGAUGAAGGAGCGUCGCACGACGGCGGUGUGCGUGAUGGAGAACGUGUCCCACGCUCCCGGUAUGCCUGCACCUGAGCCGAAGAUUGCGGGGAUUUUCACGAGCAAGGAUGUUGUACUCCGAGUCAUCGCGGCGGGCUUGGAUGCAACCCGGUGUAGCGUUGUGAGGGUCAUGACGCCUCAUCCUGAUACGGCGCCGCCCACUAUGACUUGCCAUGAUGCGUUGAAGAAGAUGCACACUGGUCACUACCUCAAUCUGCCUGUUGUUGAGGCUGAUGGGCGCCUGGUCGCUAUCGUGGAUGUGCUGAAGUUGACCUACGCAACCCUCGAGCAGAUGAAUUCUAUCGCUCCGGAAGGUACAAGUGGGGAGAACGAGGCAGAGGGCGGGCCUAUGUGGGGCCGCUUCUUCGAGUCUCUAGGAGAGGGCGACACAGAGUCCGUCAUCUCCGGCUCGACGUUCCCUUCGGAGAUGCACUCUCGCCAUUUAUCUCGGAGCAUGUCGCAGCUCGUCGGCUCCCCUCGAUCUGACGCACGCUUCAGCGACACUGCGUCGAACAUGGACGACGAGUCGGCAUCCCAAGUGGGCGGCUACGCGAGCAGGAUCGGUGAAGCCUUCCCUUCUAUCCAAGGCCCGCUUUCGCCGCCCGCCGCUGUCGACGAUGGCACGUACGUAUUCAAGUUCCGCACGCCGAGUGGCCGCACGCACCGCUUCCAGGCACGCCACGACAACUUCGAGAAUCUGCGCGACAUCGUCGGCGGCAAGCUGGCAACGGAUCCGUUCUUCACGAGCUACAAGACCUCCGACCCGUCUGAACUGCCGCCGGACCCGUCGGACUUCCUCCUGUCGUAUACCGACGCGGAUGGAGACAUCGUCCUGAUCACCUCGGACUCGGACGUCGCGGACGCCGUGAAGAACGCGCGCAAGGCGGACGUGGACCGUGUCGUGCUGUUUGUGCAGGGCGGAAAGGGAUGGGCUGAGGCCACGGCUGAGAAGAGCGCGGCGCAGGCGGCAGUCGUCGCGGAGGCGGCCAAAGAAGAGCUAGAGGAGGUAGAGAAGACGGAAACCGUCAUUCCGGAGAACACGAACAUCACGCCGCCGCGUCCGGUGCACGUCCAGGAGGAGCAGAAUAUUAUGGGCAUCCCGAAGGAUCUGCUGUUGCCCGCUAGCAUCGGUGCGCUGGCGGUUGUGAUCAUGAGCGUGUUCACGAUCUCCCGUCUGAGCGCCCGGUAAAGAACCUGUGGUGAUGGGUAGGGUAGGGAUAGGCAAAUCCGGUCUCGUUCUGUCCGUAAUAAUCGUAUCCAUACGUCCAACUGCUACGCCACGUUAUGAAUCUGCUUUUGUCAAUACCCUCGGACAGUAAUUUCUAGAUCUAUGCUUCCUCGGGGAAUGUAUUUCUUGCUUACUA